AGCUUUUGAUUGCACAAUGCAUACCAGACAACCUGGUAGACGACCUGUACGUUGUUGGCUCCCCCGGCCAAUCAUGAUGCUGGGCGAGAAUGAGCGGCUGAGCGAAGUGAAGAUUUGGAGAACUCAGCGAGUCGGAAUCGUGGUCAUCAGUUUAUAACAGAGAGCUGAGAUGAGAUUACAUUUACGAGUGCCAGUUGUUGUGGGAAUGUUUUGGGUGGAUGGCCCUGCAGCAAACUAGAUAUUAGAAAGAGUCGGAAGUGGAGGCAUGUGCUGCAAGAAAUUUGACGCUGGAUUUCCUAUGUGGUGAGAGUAUGGGACUUGUCAAGUCGAGGAGGCAGCAAGUCGGAAAUUGUCCUCAUCUUUUCGUAGAGGUGAGUCGUGGUCAGGUCACACUCACAAGGGUCGUUUAUGAUGGCCAAGGUUUUGGCAGUGUAGUGGUGGUCCUGGCCCUGCUUCUGUCCGGGAUGUAGAAAGAGUUGGAGCUGGAUGGAGGCACAUGCCCAAGAGAUGUACCACUGGGUUUCCUGCAGUAUUUGCUCUGUCUCCUGUCUGCCAGGAUUUCGAUUGACAGGAAGAUAGCAGACUGGACGAGGCUGAAGUACAGUGGAGGUAAUGGUGCGAGAAGUAUCUCAACGGUGUUUUCAAUGUCAAAUGUGCCGGCAACCCCUAGAAGUUGAGUCCCAUGAUGGCACCGUUACAGAGAAAGACAAACUGGCGGCAGUGGUGGCCCCGGAGGCCACACGAGGAGGUCAGCAAGCCUCCGUGUUGAGCAGUGCAAGCAUCUUUUCUGCGGGAAGCCGAAUGGACCAGUCAUACGUCGUCCUCCCAAGGCGACCAUCCCCGACAGGUCACCAAUUCCCACCUCCAAGGUCUAGAGCAGGGGCUGUUGGUGGUGGUGUUGCUGGUGGUAACCCUGGCCAACCCCAACGCCAUCCUUCUCUUUCUAAUCCCUCCACACCUUCUCCGUCAGCUCCCCAUCCCCCUAAUGUACCUGAUCGGGCCAGGUCCCCGGCUCAGGGUUCCAGAUCGCCAGCACAGGUGGGAGGAGAUGGCAGUGGCAGCAAUGAGGCAAGUAUGGGCAUCGGAGGGGCAAGACCUGACCUUCAAGGGAUGCAAGGUGGAAAAAUGAUGGAGGAGUCGUUUGUGAUGCUUCCCUCCUCAACUGCAUCAAUCUACAGAGGAUUUGGGGAUGGUGGACCUCUGGGAGGCAUUGGUAUGGGGGUUCACGCAGGGAUGGACCACACAAGUAAUGCAAGCCUUGAUGCCAGGAUAUCGGCAUUGAUGAGAGUUCUGGAAAUAACAUCGCAGCAACGAGAGGUUGAUCGGCCGCUAUGCUUGGAGUGCAUGAGGGCGCUCUGCGAGGAGCUUGAUGGAGAGAUCAAGGAAGCAGAAAAAGACAUUGUCGCAUAUGAGAAGUGUUUGGCGAGCGCUGAAAUGGAACAACACGAGGCCUUGAGCGAAGAGGAAUUUGGAGCGGAGAUGCAGAAGGCGGAAGAGCAGGAACGACGGCUGAGGGAGCAGCUCACCUCCCUCGAGCAACAGAAUGGAGCAAUGGAUCUGUGCAUGGCUGCACUCAAUGCCAAGGCUGCUGAACUUGAUGAACUUGAGCAACGGUUCUGGCAUGAGUAUAACGACUUUAAGUUGGAGCUCAUGGCUCAUGAAGAGGAGCGGGAUGGAGUCUUGUCAAAAAUCGAGGUGGCAACAUCACAGCUUGAAAUGUUGAAACACACUAAUGUAUUCAACGAUGCAUUUCAUAUUUGGCAUGAUGGUGAGUUCGGCACGAUCAACAACUUUCGGCUUGGUCGUCUGCCAAAUAAACCGGUGGAAUGGGACGAGAUUAAUGCCGCAUGGGGCCAAGCAUGCUUGCUGUUAUCUACCAUGGCGCAGGCAUGCCGAAUGACCUUCUCGAGCUAUCGCAUUCUGCCGAUGGGGAGCUAUCCUCGCAUUGCCGAUACUCGGAACACGUACGACUUGUAUGGCCCGGUGAAUCUCUUCUGGAGCACCAAGUAUGACAAGGCAAUGGUACUCUUCCUAGCAUGCCUGAGCGAGUUUGCAGAUUUUGCAAAUGCGCGGGAUCGAGCUGCUGACCUGCCUGUGGAACGGUGUUUCAAGCUGCCAUACAAGAUAGAAAAUGAUAAGGUCAAUGGAUUCACGAUCAAGCAGAGCUUCAAUCGAGACGACAAGUGGACAAAAGCACUCAAGUAUAUGCUGUGUGAUUUGAAGUGGGCGCUGGCAUGGGUGAUAAACAAUGCAUCCAUGCACCCACCUGCAUCUGGAUCUGCGUUGGGCUCGUUGGUGGCGGCUUCAGCGAUGGCGGCUACUCAAGCUGGAAUAGCUGGUGGGAUGGACCGCAGUGGAACCGCCAAGCAGGGGAGUAGUGCUUUGGUGGUCCCUGCUGGUCGUGGAGUUCCAGUUGCUGGAGCCAACCAGCCGCAGCUCCAUGGAGGGAGAAUGGUUAACCCAUCUGCAACUGCUGUGCAGCGGUCUCGAGCUGCCAGGGAAUGUUCACAAAGUGAUGCAGAAGACAGGAAGAAGCCAUAACCAUGAUAGUGCUGCUGCUCCUACAUCUUGCAGGAUCAGUCAGAAUUUGUGGAUGCAUGCAUGGUUUGCUCCUAUGUCUGCAGAGUCAGUCAGGAGGUUGCCCCCCAAACUUUCUCCAUUCCUUCCUCUACGCACCGUUGAGCAAUGGAAGCGACAGCUCAGGAGCCUGGAGCAUUGCACAUGUGAAUGGUGAGGUAUGCCUGCAAAUAUCAGUAUCUCCAUCAGCUCCCCAUCCUUUCCCCUUCCUCCUGUACAACUGGGGGAAAUAGUUCAAACCCUUGCCAGUGGUACUCAUGCCAUCACGACAGCUCACUCUUGACUUCAGCGUCUGGAAGGAUAGAUGUAGCUUCAAUUAAGGCCAGUGCCACUGGGUAUUGAAGUCAGAAGUCCAUUGACUCUGAAUGUGGUGUCAUCUUACAGUCUGUUGCGUCACUUUUCCCAUGCCUCAGCUUCUCAGUCUAACUGUCAUGGUGCCCACUGUUCCUUUGACAGCGCUGCGAGUACACAUUCUUUGAUCCUGGAAGGGUUGCAAUCUCGCGAGCGGGGACUGUUACUUUCUUGAUCAUACUGUCAGGACAGUCAGGGCUGCGUUUUGUUGAAGGGAUUGAGAAAGUCCAGUUUCGCUGAGAGCUGUCUAUACCCUCCUUGUAGGCAUUGGCAGCAGCCCUACCGUCUUCCCGCGAACACAACACACCCUCAUUUUGGCUGUAUGGGACCUGAAAGAUAGCUUGUAUAAAGUCGUUAUCAGGGUGCAUUAUGUUCGGGGGAACACGAUAGUUCUCCCUGUGCAGCUGAACAGACUCUCCCCUUGACUGCUAUGCCGUCUCUGUGCCACUGCCCCUUUUAACAUGCUUUCACGCUUAUGGCUUUCUUCUCUGAUGAUUUGCUGUCCAGCUUUUAGCUGUCCUGCCUGUUCACUGAUAUGUCAGGUUAGUACCUUGUGUGAGGGUCAAGCUCCCCUGAUGUAUCCUGUGUAUAGUACUUAUUUGUUGCCAAUGCCACCAAAGAGACGUCCUAAGAUCUGGCUACCGUCUUCACCUGAAUAGAACACCCGGUCAUUAUAGCUGUAUUUGUGCCAACUUUCAGUCCAGAUGCAGCUAUAGUGACCAGGCGUUCUAUUCGGGUGAAGACGGUAGUCGAGUGUGUGAUUUGUCUGGCGAGGCAUGCCUGUAAGACACGGAGGCUUUGUUGUAAAUAUGGAUCCUUUUUUCUUUUUUUUUUUGGAUGGAAUCCGAUGGAUUCAUUUUCUAGAUUGAGGUCAUUUUUCUGAAAGCUCAAGAGUGUUGUGCAGCACUGGACGUUGUGCUUGAUGGAUUGUUUUUAUGCUCGACACACCCCCACUCAUGUGUAUGGAUUGGCGUGGCAUGUGGUGAUGGCAAAGCUGCCUUUAACCC